CACUUUGUAACUCCGCAGCCGUGCUUCGCCAGUUCGGUAUUAUGGACGAAACCCUCACGCUAUUUUGGUACAGUUAAUGUCCCGGCCUUUGUAACCUUUUCUUACCUACGGUAAAAGUCAUCGUUGCCCCUCGCUGUAACCACGGCGCCCCUCGGUGAAAACCUAACUCUCAUCCCCUUCCACGGCGCCGCCACUACCCGUCGAGCUCGAUCCUCCGAUAGUGCUCUUCCUCCGAUGGCGGCUCCGUCGAGGGGGAAGAAACGCCUGGUGGUCGACGUCGAUGUCGAGUUGGACAGUGAGGCCGAAGUAGCUUCAGCUUUCAGUCGUCUGUCUGUGUCGAUCGUUGCCAAGCCUUCAGGCGAGUACGUUCGCGCCAAGGAGCACUCCUCCCCGAGCGUGAACUGCGCGGCCACAUCAGGUACUGGGUACACCCAGCAGCAGACCCCUUCUGUCGCGAAACAGUGCUCUGAACCACGUUCAGUGUCGAUAACCAGAUUUGAAACGGUUCGUAGUGACCUGGCAAUAGCCAUUGCAAAGAUGCAUGUAGUUGGGAACGAGUUGAAAGAUUUGGCCGGAAAUGAGAUAAUGAAUUCGCCAGAUACGGCCAAAGAUGUGUCAGUGAACUUCUCAAUGUGGCGCGUGUAUGAGCUUGCUCAGUCACUGCUGGACGAAGCGCAACGUUUAGAAGAUCUUGAAGCUGGUCCUUCGCCACCAUUAUCUGAAUGUUUCAAUAACCAUUUUGCUGAAGAUGAAGAUAUGGGUGGCGGGGAAUGGGCACUGGAUGAUGUGGAUUCCGAAGAGCUUGUGGAUCGUCAGAUGAAGUAGAUUAGUAUGUGUGGUGUGGAAUGGCACUGGAUGUUAGCUGUGUAAGGUUAUUUGUGUAAGAGUUAUCUGUGUUACCAGUGUAAGGUUAGUAUGUGUGGUGUGGCAGUGUAAGAGUUAUUUGUGUUAGCUGUGUAAGAGUUAUCUGUUCAUGGUAUCUGUGUUAGUAUGUGUUAACUGAACUUGGAGGUUAUCUGUGUAACUGAACUUGGAGGUUAGUAUGUGUGGCUGUGUAAUAUCUCGCAUUUGUUCAAACAGCCAUUCAGCUGUGUUAUCUGUGUUAGUAUGUGUGAAUUAUUUCA